AAACAUUGCAACAUAACCUCACAAACAUUUUGAAUCUGCCGGAAGAGAUUGUUCCAGGAAAAUCAGUGAUUUCCAGGCAAGAUGUCUUCGGGACUGGAAUCCUACAUAAAUAACACGGUGUCAAUUAUAACCUCUGAUGGAAGGAAUUUCGUAGGGACGCUAAAAGGCUUUGAUCAGACAAUCAAUGUGAUCCUGGAUGAGUCCCAUGAGAGAGUAUUUUCCACAACAAAUGGUAUAGAGCAGGUGGUGCUGGGACUUCACAUCAUCCGAGGCGACAAUAUCGCUGUAAUUGGCCAAAUAGACGAUUCCAUUGACAGCCGAUUGGACUUCUCAUCAAUCCGGGGCGAACCCCUUGGUCCUGUUGUCCACUAAAUACCACACUGGAGACAACCAACUAGUACACAAAUCGAGUCUUUAUUUCCACACUCAAAUAUUACAUACAAUCCGGGUACUGGGUGGGAAACAUGUCUCAAAGGAAAAGUCCAUGGUGUUCAUUUGGAGGACGGAAACUAAACACAGACAGUUAUUGUAAAUAAAUACUGUGGAGAGGAAUG